GCACCCAGCUCCACAGACCGUUAAACAUGGCCACCAGUCCGCGUGCAGAUAAACUGGAGCUGGUUUCUCAGCACAUACGGAGCUUUAAUGAUUUUCCCAGGAAGGGCAUUAAGUUCUGGGAUAUCUGUCCUAUUUUAAAGGAGCCCAAAGCCCUGGCUGCAGUUAUAGACCUGUUUGAGGAACAUGUCAAGCAAAACUACCCCCAGACUCAGCUCAUUGUGGGUCUGGAUGCCCGUGGCUUUCUGUUUGGACCACUUCUGGCCCAGAGAUUAGGAAUCGGCUUUGUCUUGGUCAGGAAGAAAGGGAAACUUCCUGGUCCCACGGUGUCUGUAGAGUACACACUCGAGUAUGGCACGGCUGAGGCAGAGAUUCAAGCUGACGCAGUGGAAGUAGGACAGAAGGUUCUCAUCAUUGAUGACCUGCUGGCUACUGGAGGGACACUGCAUGCAGCAUGUGAGCUGCUGAAGAAGCAGAAAGCUGAGGUGCAGGGCUGCAUGGUGGUGAUCGAGCUCAAGGACCUGCACGGGGCAGAAAGACUGUCCAUCCCCAUGCAUUCCUUGUUAAAGUUGUGAACAGAUGAUUUAGACCUGCUCCAAGAUGCAUAAAGCAUUCCACAUUUACACACAGCAAUAAGUUUACAUGCAUCAGAUUCUUUUGAAUCAUAUUUUUUCUUCAAUUUAAAGAAAGUUGUAAUUAGUUUUUGGGAGAAUUAAUUGCAUGUAUGAUUUGCACUUGAUUUUUAGUAGGUACAUUCAAGUAAGAAAUUAUAUGUUCAUGUUUAAGAUACCUAAUCCCCAUUCUCCUGGGUGGGAUAUGAAUAGCAAGACAUUGGAUCUAAUUAUAGAAUUGAUUCUGGUUUUAUUCAUAUUGUUCAAACAAUUGUCUUACUGUGGCAGGCUUAUAAAUGUGCCAUUAUGUUUACUGUUUAUAGAGGGUGAAACCAUGCGCAUCUUAAUGCGUUUCAUAUCGAACAAACAUUAUCGAACAAGACAGUAUUUCACUUAAAGGGAAAAUCAACCCUUGAACAACUUGCAUAGUACAUUGUACUGUUUAGAGUUUUUUUAUUUGUUUCAGUUUAAAUGCGUCAGUAAUAUGGUCUGUUGUGUGUAAAUGUUUACAGAAACCAAACCACAUUUAAAUGGGAAUGACCUAAUACAAUAUCAUGAUAUCUAGGUGUUGAUUGCAAUUAAGUCAUCAUUUUAUGAAUACGAUUCUAAAUAUUUUUUUUCUUUAGAAAUUAAGAAUUUUAAUCAAACGUAGCAAAAACUUUGCUCUUGUUACACAGCAUGGUGUGCUGCCUGCAAGUGUGAAUAAUUUACAGUGCACCACCUGUUGGAUCAUAGAGGGACUGCACAUUGUACCACCUCAAAUGCAAUUAAAAUAAAAAUGGAAUUAAGAAAAAUCAGUUGUGGAGUGAGUGUGGUGAAACAAAUUGCCACAUGUGUACUCCUUGUCUUCAUUUAUUUGCAUUUAUUAAUGAACAUCCCCAAAACAAACGUUCUCAGUUGCAGACAGCCAGGACACAAUGACCAAACAACUUCAUUUCAGACUUUCUCAUCUUGUCUUUUAUGCUAGAAAUAUAGUUAAUGUAUAACUAAUAUUAAUCAUGUGAAUACAUUCAUCAGCUGAAGCAUUGUGCAUUCAUAAAAUGUGUGUAUUUUGAUAUUUUGUUAAUGUAAAUUGAUUGAAAAUGUCCUUUCCCGCCUAGCGACCUAGCCUGAGAAUGUGUUUGAUAAACUCUAAAGACCCUGGCUGUAUAAGUUGCUUUGGCUAAGGGUGUCUCGUAAAUGCUGGAAAUGAAGUAAAGAGAAAUGAGAAUUUUGACAGUAUGUUUCAUAUACUUUGUGCCCCCCCCCAAAAAAAAUUUCAUUGUAUCCUCUAACUUUGACAAGUUACGUGUGUAUACACUUAAUACAAAAACAAACAUUUCCUAAUAUAUCAGAAAUUGUUAGAGAUUGAGUAUUGGCUUAUGUGAAAAAAUUGCUGUAUACAAGCAUUCAAAUGUGUAAUUCCAAUAAACAAUACGUCACUGAUUAAAA